GAUGGGUGCCUGGGCGCGCGUCGGAUCAGGUCUCGUUGAACUGCCCUACUUGCACGGACGGUGGCGUUCUGGGCAGACCAGGGCGUCUGCCGUCGGAUCUACUGGUCUCGUGAUAUAUGCCUGCCAGACGCCGGUACUUGGGCCGGAUUUUCCAGAAGAUGGCACAGUCAUUGAUCUCCGAACGGACCCCGGUUUCUACUAUCAACGGUUAAAGGAAAUGUAGGUACACCGUUGAUAGUGAUCCCGCGUUUGCUGAAUGGUGCAUUCAGUUGGGCAGCAAAACAGAG